CAGUGAAUGUGAGAGAAUGAUAAAAUGGUGCAUUCGUCGAUCAAACCGGGCCACACAUUUGAAGCUAGAAAUUAAAUUAGACAUCCACCAUUUUGUUUAUUUUCACGAAAUUACUUCAUGAGUAAUAUAGAGCUGUGAAAUUGCGUUCUUUAUCGUGUGUAUACGUGAUUGAGUAAAUCUGGCAAUGAUUAUUAAAUUAGGAAUGUGCUAUUAGCGUAUACUGCCAUCGAGCCCUUGUGUUGAAAAUUGCAGACAUCGGCCGCGCCGCUAGUAAACAUUCUUUGAAAAUUAACAUCCUAACUUCAAAGAAAAAUAAAAACCAGGGUGCGCAAAGUAAUCGAGUCGAUGAGAAAGGUCCGUUGAAAUUCGUUCAGCGCCUUUUUAGCAAGUCUAAAGGGAGCGAUCCCCUAGCGUUAAAGGAAAUCUCGAAGAGUUGUGGGCGACAGUCCCCGGUGGCGCGCCCGGCUAACAUGAAUCACACGCCUGCACCUGACAGGCAGCAGCACGACCCUAAUGUGAACCAGGUUGAAGAAAUGGAGACUCAAGAAGUGGAAACUGUAGAAACCGCUAUAGAGAAAACAUGGGAUGAUGAUCUUGUGCGAGGUCGAAUAACUCCCAAUGGAGGUGUUGUAAUGACUGAUGUUAUGAAAAAUCAAGAGACUACUUCUGAAAUGCCUCAACUAGCAUGUGUUGACGCCGAAAUGGAAGAUGACGAGGCGAGAUCAGAAGCAACUUUCCGCUUCACAGUGCACAACUUUAAAAAUCUCAAGGACUCUGUUCUAUCACCUCCUUGUUAUGUCCGCAAUUUACCAUGGAAGAUCAUGGUUAUGCCUAGACAAGCUCCGUCAGCUGAUCGACAACAGCAGAAGUCUCUGGGGUUCUUCUUGCAGUGUAAUGGUGAGAGUGAGUCAUCUAGUUGGUCGUGCUAUGCAAUGGCCGAGCUAAGACUCAUCUCUCACAAGCCAGACACUGAACCGUUUCAUAGAAAGAUUCAGCAUUUAUUUUAUAGUAAGGAAAAUGAUUGGGGUUUCUCUCACUUCAUGGGUUGGAAUGAUGUGUUAGACCCCGAAAAAGGAUAUAUUAAAGAUGAUGCGAUUACAUUGGAAGUUCAUGUUACUGCGGAGGCCCCCCAUGGUGUGUCUUGGGAUUCCAAGAAACACACUGGUUAUGUUGGUUUGAAGAAUCAAGGUGCAACAUGUUAUAUGAAUUCUCUUUUACAAACAUUGUACUUUACUAAUCAGUUACGAAAAGCUGUCUACAAAAUGCCCACAGAAUCUGAUGAUAGUACAAGGUCUGUGGCAUUGGCACUGCAGCGAGUAUUCUAUGAAUUACAAUUCUCCGAUAAGCCCGUUGGUACAAAGAAACUAACAAAGAGUUUCGGUUGGGAGACACUCGAUUCUUUUAUGCAGCAUGAUGUUCAAGAAUUUUUGAGGGUAUUAUUGGAUAAACUGGAAAGUAAAAUGAAGGGCACAUGCGUGGAGGGCACGGUACCGCGGCUAUUCGAAGGCAAAAUGACGUCUUAUAUUAAAUGCAAGAAUGUUAAUGUGUCCAGUACAAGAGUUGAGACAUUCUAUGAUAUUCAACUCAACAUUAAGGGAAAGAAGAAUAUUGAUGAAUCAUUCAAAGAUUACAUUAGUACGGAGACGUUAGACGGCGAAAACAAAUACGAUGCCGGCGAGCACGGCCUCCAAGAGGCGGAGAAGGGAGUGAUUUUUGCGUCGUUCCCGCCCGUCCUGCAUCUGCACCUCAUGAGGUUCCAAUAUGACCCGAUCACUGAUAGUUCGGUCAAGUUUAAUGAUAGGUUCGAGUUCUACGAACACAUCAACUUAGACGCGUAUUUGCAAGAGAAGCCGGAAACCCCAGCGGAUUAUACUCUACACGCGGUGCUGGUGCACUCCGGCGACAAUCACGGAGGGCACUAUGUCGUCUUUAUCAACCCCAAAGGAGAUGGCAAGUGGUGUAAAUUCGAUGACGAUGUAGUAUCACGCUGUACCAAACAGGAAGCUAUUGAAUACAAUUACGGUGGACACGAUGAGGACAUGGCUCUCACAGUUAGACAUUGCACUAAUGCUUAUAUGUUGGUGUAUAUUAGGGAUUCACAGCUAAAGACAGUGCUCCAAGAAGUAACACAAGCUGACAUACCAACAGAACUUAGUGAAAGAUUGGCUGAAGAGAAGAGAAUUGAAACGAUCCGUCGCAAGGAGCGCAACGAGGCGCACCUGUACAUGAACGUGAACGUGGUGCUGGAGGAGGCGUUCGACGGCCACCAGGGCAACGACCUGUACGACCCGGAGCGCGCGCACUACCGCGUGUUCCGCGUGCGCAAGCAGGCCACCGUCGCCGAGCUCAUGGAGAUGCUGGCCGAGAACUUCCGCUACCCGCAGAAGCACUUGCGCCCGUGGCCGUUCAGUGCGCGCUCCAACCAGACAUGCAGACCUACGUGCCUCGACGUCGUCAACGAUCAGAACAAGACAAUAGCGGACAUAUCGGAGAACAUGAAUCCAUGGAAUAUAUUCCUGGAAAUGCUUCCACCGGACUCUGGUUUCGCUGCAUUGCCGCCAUUUGAUAAGGACAAUGAUGUCGUCCUAUUCUUCAAGUACUACGAUCCCAAACAGAAGCGUAUACACUACUGCGGCCACCACUACUUGCCUAUCGCGAGUAAACCGGCUGAUCUCAUACCAAUACUCAAUAAGCGUGCAGGUUUCCCGCCCGACACGCCGCUAGUUUUGUAUGAAGAGAUUAAACCUGAUUUCGUCGAGAAGAUAAACAAUUACAAUGAUCCACUCGAGAAGGUAUUGGACGAGCUGAUGGACGGUGACAUCAUCGUGUUCGAGCGCGCGGACAACCGCCACGAGGAGCUCGAGCUGCCGACGUGCCAGGACUACUUCAAGUACAUAUUCUACAAGGUGGAGGUGCAGUUCGUCGAUAAGACGGUGCCCAAUGAUCCUGGUUUUACAAUGGAGCUAUCAAUGCAAAUGCGCUACGACCAGAUGGCGCGCGCCGUCGGCCAGCGGCUUAACGUUGACCCAUAUUUAAUACAGUUCUUCAAAUGUCAGAACUACAAAGAUACACCAGGACUUCCACUUAGGUACUCGUACGAUGGUAUAUUAAAAGAUCUGCUGGUGUACUGUAAACCAAAGUGCCCUAAGAAAUUGUUCUAUCAGAUUCUAUCCAUUAAGGUCAAUGAAUUGGACAACAAGAAACAGUUCAAAUGUUUAUGGGUUGGUCCAAAUUACAAAGAAGAUAAGGAAUUAAUUUUAUAUCCAAACAAAGGCGGAAAAGUAUCAGAUAUAUUAGAAGAGGCAGCUAAGGUCGUAGAAAUGUCACCUGAAGGAUCUGGCCGAUUACGGAUCGUGGAGGUGUCGUGUCACAAGGUGCUGCCGGGGCCGGACCCCGAGCUGACGCUGGACCAGGUCACCAUCUCGCCGCCCAGACUCUACCGGAUAGAGGAGAUACCAAGGGACGAGCUUAACCUGCAGGAGGACGAGAUGCUGGUGCCGUGCGCGCACUUCCACAAGCAGGUGUACGCGACGUUCGGGAUCCCGUUCUACGCGCGCGUCAAGCACCACGAGCCCUUCCAGGCGGUCAAGGACCGGCUGCAGAAGAAGCUCGACAUACCGGACAAGGAGUGGGAGAAGUACAAUUUCGCCAUAGUGACGAAUGGCAGACCUAAUUACAUAAGUGAAGGCGCGGUAGUCAACAUCUUCGACUUCAGGCCAAGUAGUAAUGCAAACCUCUCGCUUCCAGACGCGACCGGGCGGCCGUGGCUCGGCCUCGAGCACAUCAACAAGACGCCGAAGCGCUCGCGCGUCAACUACCUGGAGAAGGCGAUCAAGAUAUACAACUGAGACGCGCUCCACGCGCGGACACGCGGACACGCGGACACGCGGACACGCGGACUCGCGGACACGCGGACACGCGGCCGUACGCUAGUAUAAUCAUCGAUGUUUCACCCGGUUGUCAUUGAUUGUGUGGUGGUGAGGGUUUGCUGGUGAUGCUGGUUAGUGUGAAUCGAUUGUUUGGUACGUGAUUUGGGUCAGAUUGUUCGUAUUGGCACCACUGAAAGACAGUUAAGGUUUUAUAGUUUGUUUAUUGACCUUGCUAUAGAUACUUAAUGAAAUUCAUAUAGAUAUAAAUUUGAUCAUUCACUUUUCAUUUAUUUAUUUAAAACACAGUUGAAAAGUGUGUCCAAAUAAAUGUAUACCCAUAUGAUAUAUUUCUCAGAAGGCAUAUUAGGAUUGAUGUAUAUUUUGUUUGUUUAUUCCAUCACUCAUUUAUUGAUUAAAAUGUUGGAAAAAGAUGUUUCUGUUUGGCAAUUUGAGUUAAAAUUCCUUCUGAAUCAGUUAUUAUAUAUGUAAAUGACAAUAUGAUAAAUACUAGAUAUUUUAAUCAUUUUAUUAUAGUGUCGGCUUACUUAGCCUUAGAUGGUGUCUUUUAGUGGUGUCAAAUAUAAUGAGGCAUGCACAUGAUAUGUCUUAAAAUAGAAAAUAUGUAAUUUGUUUUAUAAUGUGCAGUUAUAAGCUCAGAGAACAGUACAUUGUUUGAUUUCAUAUUAAACUUCUUCAAAACGCGUCUUGUGCAUAGCCCCUUAUCACGUUUGAAACUAUCUAUAUUUGUACUAUAUCGCAGCGCUUUCCUGCCCUCGUCUAGUUUAACUACUGUUUAGUAUUUCUGUUAGAAUACAAUUUGUGCGCAUUAUAGGUCGAGUAAAUAAAUCAAUAAAGCUUUAGCACGCCAAUACUUGGCUUUUAUUGGUCGGUAGGCGAGCGUCGGCGACAUAUAUGAUUGGUUAGAAAGAUUAUUUUUAUGGUUUCAUUUAUAAUGCGCAGUUGUUGGUGGCAUCCAUGUUUGUAAAAGUCGUAUUUGGUCGCAUUUACGCUAAUAAAUUAUAGUAAUUAAAAUAUCUUUAAAAAAUUUGAUCAGAUGAAAAUGUCGCUCAUUUUGAUAUUGCAGUAGAAAUAAAAUAAGACAAUGGAAAUUAAUUAAUUAUGUUAAAAGUAAUUUUUGGACUGAUUUUAUAUUUGCGCCUCUGAGAUAUACAGAAUCAGAAUUCAAUUGAGUUUGAUCAUAAAUGAGAAAUUGGAAAUGUGGAAAUAAUAUUUUAUUAACUUAUCAAAGGGUCUCUGUUAUGUAGAUCAAACACGAAUCGUUAUGGGACACUUAUUUCGAUGCUAUGACGUCACAACACAUGUAAUAAUAUUAGAGUAACACCUAGUAGCAUCCAUUAUUGAAAAUAAAUAAUGUCGAAACGAUUGUAUGAUCUUUUAUAUUAACUUGUAAUAUAAUUAUUUGUUCUUAACAUCUGUUAUAGUGGGAAUACAGUUUUAUUUAUUUAUUAUGGUUUUAUUUAUUACAAUCAAUUCCCCUUAUGGUGAAACGUGUUUGAUGAUUUUACUAUCGUACGGAUAUAGAUUAGCCUUAAAUAAUAACCGCUAACACCAAUGUAUGACUCUUACAGCUGUUUGUAGUAGAACUUGUACGGCGAUAUAGUAGUCCUGCUAGCAAAUGUUUAUUUGUUUUCAUCGAUUUUGUGUUUUCCGAAGCGAUGUCGUGGAGUUAUUGUGAACGAAUAGCAAUAUUAAUAGGAAAUAGAUCGUUGGUUGCCACUGAAGGAACAAACGUUGUGAUGUCUCAUCAUACUUAAGCAGGAAAUUUUCUGUUUAGUAUUCAUUUGUUUCGACGAUAUCGUAAACAGUCGGCGUGAUGAAUAUUACUUACAAAAAUAUAAUAAUUUUUUAUGUGAAGCGCUAUUUAUAAAGUAACUUACUCGACAUACUGUACGUACAUAAUAAUCAAUGAACAUAGUCACAGCUGGUUCGAAAACAGCAUUUUUCAACAUUUGUUCCUGCAGUCGGUGAACCUUUUGCAACUUUUUAGUCAAUAGUUCGCCUUAGCAUUUCCAGUGUAUAUCAUAAUGUGGCCUCUCGAUACUUAGAUGAUAAACUAAAUUGCUGUUUCUUUUUAAAAGGUUUUUCAGAUCGGUCUGACGAACCACGGCAAGGCUGCGCCAACACCGCAAGCUUUUAUAACAUUAUGGCAAUUCGGCAAUGUCAAUCAUUUUACAUAUUGAUUGAACAAAGCUUCACUAAUGAGAUUAAACUGUAUACCGAAGAUUUUAUCAUAUAUGUUGGUAGCGUUGAAUAUAAAGGCUUAUUGUAAUGCGAAAGUGAAUUGUAUUGGAAACGUAUUUCAAUUUUAUUUUACUUAAAAUAAGGCUUGUUAAUAAUGUGUAUAGAUUAACAAUCACAAAUAAUUUAACAAUAUGUUUUAGUUCGGGACGAUCCCGAUAUAAAUAUUCAUUUGUUACUUAUUACCGACUAGAUACUCCAGAAUAUCUCAGCACAUAAACGAUCUAGUAUUGUAAAUAGCGCGAAGUAUUUUAGAGAGUUUCUGAAUGUUUAAAUUUCGAUAUUUUUGUUGAAUAUUUAUUGGUUGGUGUUGACGUAUUGUAUUGCCGAAUUGCCGCGUCGUGUGUACAUUUUGUCGAUAUGAUAGCAGUGCCUAUAUAAUGUAAAUUGCGUCGAAUGCCUUGUAUUUUACAAUUGCACUGAGGAGCCUAGCCUGGCAACAACCGCACUAUAGAAACGAGAACUGAGUUAUAUUGAUACACUAAAAUGUAAUAAAAAUGGAUAGUAUGUAUUUUUUAUAUUGAAGAUCUACGUGUUUACAAUGUCCAGGAUAGACUCCUCAGUAUUUGCACAGAUAAUAAUAGAUGUAAUAGCACCGUAUUGUUAAUCUGGCUGAAAGCCUAGACAUCCUGACAGCAUGUAUAUUUUAUUCGACCUACCGGAGAAAUGUUACGUUAUUAUGGUUAUGACGAAAUUAUGUAUAUAUAUGAUGUAAUAAAUUAAGAAAAAAAAAAAUACAAUAAGUUUUCGUAAAGAUGCCUUAGACGUUUUAAGACAUUUAGUACUUUCGAUAUGAUACUACUUAAUUUAUACCCUUUUUUUAGGUUUUUCAUUUAACUAAUUAAUUUAUAGAUAUUGAAAAUCUCUAAUAAAAUAGCGAGAUGAUUUUUUUUCAUAUGAAUGUGUGUCGCGAUAAUUCAUUAACAAGGUUUUGAGGUAUUGAUAGAUGCAUAGAUAUAGAUAACUUGCCGAAAUUAAUGUCGUGGAAGGUGGGGUUAUAAUAUAUCAGGUUUGAAGUAACACCUUUUGUGGACGGCGUUCGUACACGGCUCGUACAAACUAUUGGAGCCUAUUCCAAUAAGUUUGUUGUUGGAUUUUCAACGUUUCUCUGAAUAUAAUCCUAUAUUUGUUUAAA